AACAACUGUGGCAAGAAAGGUUGUAAAAUGAGGCAAAACUCACUUAACAAACCUCUCAGCAACAGAAAUUUUGGGCUCAAUUGCGGUUGUAAGUUGAGGACCACCUAUAUUUGGGGGAGUGGAGGUUAUUGCCUUUGAUUUAAACCAGCUUUUUUCUUCCAUCACCUGCCAAUCAAUUUUGUUCAAUCUGGAAUGAUCAGGGAAUGCUGGGAUUUUUCCUGACCACAUGCUUGGAAUGUCUUCUUUCUUUUCUUUUGGAGAAUUGAACAAAGAUCCUUUAAUAGUAAAGCCAUCUGAUGGUCUCACUCAUGUAGCAGAGGCCAUUCUUUGCCUUGGGCAAGGGGUAUCUUGAUUAUAUUUGGAUAGAUCCUUCACAGUAGAAUUCUUCUAGUAUGGGAGUGGCUAGCCUUGAUUUUAUCUUUGGCUUUAAUUAGUAGGCCCUCUCAUUGGAAGGAGUGCUAUUUGCCUUAUGCAAUUUUUGUGGUCUUUGUAAUGGAGCCUGAAAACUCUUUUUACAAUGUGCCAAAACUCCAAAGAUUAUGUUUGCCUUUGAUCUGGGUUUCCAAACACAUGUAUCCCUGUGAGGGAUUGCUUCAUUGCAGGAUCCUCUAGGAAAAAGAGGAUCUGAAAAUUUAUUAUCUCUGGGCUGGCUACUAGCCAAGGUUCUCUAUCUUCUCACCAUGUUAAUCUCAUCAGUCGAUUGAAAUAGGGCAGAUUAAAGUUUAUAUAUAAACAAAAAGUCAUCUGUAGCAGAUGUGCUGAGAACAGAGAUAGUCAAAGCUUCCUAGGAUGUGCCAAGGUAGAAGUCAGGAGUGCAUGUAGCCUAGUCAAAUUUUAGAAAAAGUGUAAGCUACCAACCAUCAUGUAUUUUAAAUUAAACUCAACAUACAGUGACUAGGAUUGUCUUGGAAAAACUGGGAUGUCUGAUCAUCUGAUCUCAGCAGACGUAUUCUUGUUUUGUGUUGUACUUUGAGAUUGAUAAGGAUAGAAGAUGGUUGAAAUUCCAGUCCAUAUUCAUAGUAUUGAGAAAAUAAUGAGGAAUCCAUUGAUUGGAAUGGAGACCAAAAGACAGUUCAUGUUACCAAUGGCAUCCCCAUAUCUGCUGACAGGCUUAGGGAGAUGUAUGGAGUUUGUGUGCAACCCAUGGGAAGGUCUGCGAAGCCCCAUUUCAAUAAAUUAAUAUUUUGUGUUAAAAUAAAGUUAGGAAAAUGUCAGAUGAAUUAUACCCUACAUUCUAUUCGGUGGGAGCCAAUCUUCACUUGCAUUUGCUUUCUACUGCAUCAAAAUAUCUCAAGUCCACCACUUCCCAAAGAUCUGUUUCUUUCCCAGCUUCUGAGAUUCUGCUUGGAUUGGAGCAGGUCCAUUUCCUAUCAUGUGGCUGUAAUCCACAAAUGCUGUUAGGAUUGACUCUUUCAAAUCCCUCCCCAUCCACUUUUAGCUCUUCAAUCCCAUUAGAAGAUUGCUGGAGCACUUGGUUCCGUCCCUUUUUUGCCGCCUUUUCAUCUUGCCUAUCAUGGAAAAGCUCUUUUCUAUCAGGAAGGUACCCAGUGCCUCAGGGAUCCAUAGUGAUGCAAAGCUGCUGACCCUGGUAGAACUGUGGGAGGCUGACCAUCAACACUGCAAAGGCUUGGAGUCCAUUGUGGAGGACUUUGAUUUGGUCCUUGACAUUGGGGAGUGCCUCACUGUUCCUGAUGAGUUUUCUGAGAAAGAGAAGAAAACUGGGAUGUGGUGGAAACAACUCAUAGCUGGAGCUAUGGCUGGUGCUGUCUCUAGGACUGGAACUGCCCCGCUAGAUCGAUUGAAAGUUUUCAUGCAGGUCCAUGCAUCAAAGAACAACACCAUGAAUGUGUUUGGUGGACUGAAAGGCAUGAUUCACGAGGGAGGCCUGUGCUCGCUGUGGCGGGGCAAUGGCAUCAACGUUCUCAAGAUUGCACCCGAAUCUGCCAUCAAGUUCAUGGCUUACGAGCAGAUAAAGCGAGGAAUUUGUGGGCAACAGGAAACUUUAAGGGUACAGGAGAGAUUUGUUGCUGGCUCGCUGGCUGGGGCCACAGCACAGACCAUAAUCUACCCCAUGGAGGUUAUGAAGACACGACUGGCCCUUGGCAAGACAGGCCAGUAUUCCGGGGUGGCAGACUGUGCCAGGAAGAUCCUACAGAAGGAAGGAAUCCCUGCCUUUUACAAGGGCUACCUACCAAAUAUGUUGGGCAUUAUCCCCUAUGCUGGUAUCGACCUGGCAGUUUAUGAGACACUGAAGAACACCUGGUUACAGAAGUACAGCAAGAACACUGCUGACCCAGGAGUUUUGGUCCUCUUGGCCUGUGGCACUGUCUCCAGUACCUGUGGCCAAAUUGCCAGUUAUCCCCUAGCCCUGGUGCGAACCCGGAUGCAGGCUCAAGCAUCAAUUGAAGGUGCACCACAGCUAACCAUGCUGGGUCUCUUUAGAAACAUCCUUUCCCGAGAAGGGGUCCUGGGCCUCUACCGUGGCAUCGCCCCCAAUUUCAUGAAGGUUAUUCCUGCUGUCAGCAUCAGCUAUGUCGUGUAUGAGAAUAUGAAACAGGCUCUGGGGGUAACAUCCAGAUGAAGGAGGACCGUGUCACCAAUGGGCAGGGGACCUACCUCACAAGAAAGGUUUUGGAAGGGCAGCAAAGAUGGGGAUAUCCUACUCUAAUUGCUGUGAAAUGGAGAGCUAAGAGGGUGUUUGGAAUGACUGGGUCCAGGCCACCUUGGUCAAAAGUAUAAACUUUUCCACGAACAAGAGCCAACUUGCUCACUAACAACCAAGUUUAUCCUGCGAAGGCCUUGGUUGGGGAAAAAACAUGUAACCUCUUGGAGGUGUGUGUGUGUAUGUAUAUAUAUAUAUAU